CCCUAUUCGUAGAUAGUUUCUUCCUGCUUGAUAGAAAUAGAAAAAAUAGGCAUAAUAGGUGCAAAGUAAAGAAACAGUUUUCAAUUUCUACCUAUUUUAGUGCACUAGUUUAAACUAGUGUGUGCUAUUGUUCCUGCUUUCAUUUGCAAAAUGUCUUCGAGCGGUGUUCUACUUUUCACGGUGUUAUUGAUAGGAUACCUUUACUGGAGCCUCGCCCAACCAACAAACUUAAUAGAAAUCCGAUGCAGGUUAAUACCACCUGUAACUGACGCGAGUCUGUGUCCUCAUGGUGCCUUCUUGAAUGUUUGCAACAAAUUGGCGUGCGUAAAGGGCCCGGGAGAAAACUGUGGUGGUAAUGCAGCUGGAACCGUACUGUUUGGACAGUGCGCUCACGGACUGCGUUGCUGUAACGGCAAAUGUAACGGAUGUAUCAAUGGUAACUGUUAUCGCGAACCGUGCCAUCCGCAAAAAUCUCACGGUUUCCAGCAUCGUUCAGACCCCUACAUGCCAGUCCGACGGAUGGAUCCUUUGUACACCUUUUUCGAUUAUUACGCCAACGAGUAAGCACAUCUUGUUUGCGUCUCGCGUUCACGCACGACAAAGUUCAACUCAU